GUUGGCCAUUGGUCACCUCCAGGGAGCGCCCUACACCUGCCAGUGUCCACGGUCACCUUUCAUAGCACUAAUGAAUGACGUCGAACAAUAACACCCUGCCCGCCUACCUUUCCCACCAACCGACUCACUGUUAAUCGAAGCAGAAGUUUGACAGCUCAGCUUUUACCCCAGGCCGUCCUUUGAGAACGCACCGUUUGCACGUCACUUUAGCCUUCGGAAGAAAUUGUCUCUCCCUUUUUCAUGAUCGACUACUGUAGAAGGGAAAGACAGGUAAAUAGGAUCUUUCUCGGCAGUCUAUAUGGAGCGCGCCAUGUUAUGAAGAAUUCGAUGAGUCUAUAAGUGUCACAUUUAUUCUGUCUGGGGAGUUUAUUCUGGACAUUUGUAUUGUUUUUAACGAGCGCUGAUAGGGAUAUAACCAUGUCGAGGGACCCUGAAGAAGUGAACAAGCUCACCGAAAGUACAUACAAGAAUGUAAUGGAACAGUUCAACCCUGGGCUCAGGAACCUGGUCAACCUGGGGAAGAGCUAUGAGAAAUCAGUGGCAGCGAUGAGCCUGGCUGGAAAGGUGUACUUUGAUGCGGUCUCUAAGAUCGGAGAGAAUGCUGCGGUCUCUCCUGUCUCCAGGGAGUUGGGUAAGUCUUACCUCCCUGGCCAUGUUACAGUCCAUAUCUGAACGUCUC